AACAAACUCUUAAUAAUUAGUGCUGCAAACAAGAGAAAAAAAUAACAACUUAAAAACUCAGUCGACAGUUACAAAAUUUGUACUCUCAACAUCCAACAUUCAACUUUCUUACAAUUUUUUUUUUUUUAAUUUUUUGUUGCCGCCAACACUCUUACAUACAAGAGAAUAUGAAGAGAAAAAUAAAAACAACAACAUCAACAUUUUAUUGCUACUUUUGUAGUCGUCAUAUUUUAAUUACGUUUGUUGGCAUGACGCUACUAAUUGUGAAUUAUGGUGUAAAUACAGUGCAAAUGUCAGCUGUGCCACAUAGAAAUGGUAAUUUUAACAACAGCAACAACAUCUGUAGCAGUGGCACUGGCAUUUGUAGUGGCAACAAUAUAGUGUCAUCUAUAAACGGCAAUAAUACAAACAACAAAAACAAUAGCUUUGGAAACAUCCCAUGGAAUAGAAGCGUUGAAAAACUUACAAACAUUAAUGGCGAUAGGAAUACAAACACAAACUCUCUACACAUUGCUCUGCCAGCUAUGCCAACAAUUUACAAAGACAGCAAAUAUGGUAAAGACGAUUCCAUUGAUAAUUAUGCUGACACCAACUACUACAACAUCCCCAAUACAAGGCUCAAAGUCUCAAACAAUAAUAUCAUAAAUCAUACAGAAACUGAUUUAGUAAUAGCAGGACAAUUUGGAAAAUUAAGAAAAUCUCGUAUUUUUGGCUUAUUGGGUUCAAAUUUUUCACUUUCUUACAAUUUAUCAUUGAAUAGUGGCACUUCGGCGGGAAAUAUCACUGUGGCCGCUCCUGCUUCAGCUUACUAUUAUGCACCGGCUGCUUAUUAUCCCUAUGGUUAUUAUAAUCCUUAUGGAUACUAUGAUCCAUAUGUGUACAAUCCAUAUGCAUACAAUCCAUAUGCAUACAAUCCAUAUUCUGGCUACGGUUAUUACGGUUAAUAACAAACAUGUAUGUAUCUUAACCGUCUUUGCAAAAAUUGCUACAAAAUAUUUAAUUGUUUUACACUAAUA